AUGACACAAAUAACCUAUCUAUUGUUGUUCUUUUUCUUUGCUUUUAUUCAAUUGGUCACCUUUGCAAAGCCUAUAUGUCAACAAUAUCAUAGUACUACUAAUAAUAACAAUAUCUUGAUAGGAGAAAAAUGUUCUAAAAGCGAUACAUGUUUACCUUUAAUAUCAUAUUGUGACAGUUGCUCAGAUGAAUCAUUGUGUUCUCCAUCAUUAUCGUUGUCAUGUCAAAAUGGUCAAUGUGUAUUAUCAAAAUACGUUCAAAAUGGGGACAAAUGCAAUCACUCUUUUGAAUGUUAUACCGAUAAUUUAAAGUGUAUCAAUAAUCAAUGUACAUUGGAUGACGAUAUGGUUUGUAGAUCAAAUCAAGAUUGUUCAUUUGGUCAAUAUUGUAGUUCAAAAGAGGAAAAUAAUAUUAAUAAUAAUAUUGAAGAAAGUGGAGCUGGAGGAGGGAUAUGCAAAAAUGUCAGUCGUAUUGGAGAGUCAUGUAACUUGGAGAAUGAAUAUGAUAGCGAUUGUGAGACAGGGUCAUAUUGUUUGGACAAGAAAUGUGUCGAGAUGUUUUCAAUUGGCCUUGGUCGCCAGUGUGGACACUAUCGAUACAUAUGUCAAGACACGUUGAUCUGUAAUACACGUACGGGUCAAUGCGACACUCUACCAACUCCAACUCCCGACUCUGUCAAUUGCAUGGACCAAUAUAUCAAAUCAGAUGAGUCACCUUGCAAUUAUAACGAACAAUGUUUUUGUCAGCGAGGUACCAGUGACGGCUCAGGAUCAGAAUUAGACAGAAAUGGUACAUGUCUAUCAAUCGGUCCAAACACCAUCGAGACACUUGCACAAUGCAAAAUAAUGUAUCAUGAAUACUUGGAUUGUUUAAAAAUCAACCACUGCGUUGAAACUGGAAACAUCCAUCUCGGCACACCAAAAACAAUCACCAAUUGUAUCACAAACCAUUGUUACAACCAAUAUAAUCAUUUUAUAACUUCAAAUUGUCUGCAACCUGCUGGACAAUCAUCCUCUCAACUUUCAUCAUCGUCAUCACCAUUAACUCCCAACUAUGCAAAAUACACAACCUCAUCGUCGUCAUCAUCGAUUAAUGAUGAAUUAAAUACAGAUAUUAAUAAUAACAAUAAUAAUAAUAAUAAUACAACUAAUAAUAGUACUCCUGUUCCAACUAAUAAUUCUAAUGAAAUUAACCCAACUAAUAAUAAUAAUCCAGAUAUUAAUAAUAAUAUUAAUCCAAUACUUCAUCAUCUGAUUCUAAAAAAUCAGAAUCAACUAACCAAUCAUUUUUACCAGUUUAUAUUACAGUAA